CCUUCAAUAACAUUCUGUAUUGUAUAUUUGUUGUUGUUUAUACAGUUGAUGGGAUAGACAAGGCAUCAGUUGCCAACUCAGAUGGGACGAAUCCGGGAUCUCAAACUCCUCCUUUUAAGAGGAAGGGCAAACUUUCAACAAUUGGCAAAAUCUUCAAACCGUGGAAGUGGCGAAAGAAGAAAACAAGUGAAAAAUUUAUAGAAACCUCAGCAGUGCUGGAAAGAAAGAUAUCAACAAGGCAGAGCAGAGAGGAGCUAAUAAGAAGGGGUGUCCUAAAGGAAAUAAAUGAGCCAGAUGUGGAUGCCACAGUGAAUUAUGAAAUCUCUAAUGGUCACACGAUAGUAAUUACAGAAGAAGCCAUACCGGAAGAAAAUGUAAAAACUAUAGAAGACAACAGUUCAUUAUCAGCAAAGGCAGCUGUUUCUGAGGAGAAAAAUGAGGAUAAAAAAGAUAAACCUCUUCCUAAAGGUCUUGAAACAUCAGCAGUGUCUGUUUCUCCUCUUCCUCCUCCUCUACCACCACCUCCUCCUAAACCUAAGCCUAAAGCUAAAAAAUCAGCCAUUCCUCCAAAAAGCGCUACUGCUGCUACAACUAGCCAUAAAACUAACGAAGUGCCACAUGCUAAAAAAAAGGGCAAGUCUCCUUCCAAGCAGACCUCUGCCUCCCCUGGCAAGCCAACAAGCCGCAGUGGGACUCGAGAAGCUGCUAAUUCCUCUAAUUUAAAGAAAGGACAUGCUUCCAAAUCAUCAUCUCCUUCUUCCACAUCAUCUCGCCCUAAACCUUCUAAAGAACCAACAACAAGCAAAACCAGCACAGGGACUCCCAGGGAUAAGAAGAAGCAUGGGAAACAGGUGACGACACGUACACCAUCUGAAGGGGACAUUACUUCUGCCUCCAGCACGGCAGUAGAGAACUCAAAGACCAAAGUGGAACUCUGUAAAUCAGAAGAGCCUCUCCAUAUUAUCCCUGAAGCUGGAGACACAACCCAGAACAGCACUCUGACUGUUCCUCCCCCUCCUCCUGCUGUUCCGGCUCCUCUUCCUCCAUCCAUCCCAAUUCUGUCUCCAGGCUGUGAGCCCACUGGCUUCUCGGGCACAGAACAUGUGCCAGUUAGUAUUGAAGUAGGUCCAUCUGUUCCUGGCACACAUUUAAAUGAUCUUCAUAUAAAAACUGAAGCAGACAGUGAAAGCUCUUCAAGCAGUGCUGUCUUAGACCAUAGCCUGGAGAUUGUGGGAGAAGACACAGAAUGUUCUGCUAUCAAAGAAGAUCAGGAAAAAGAAAUCUCUGAGCAAACUAGUCUUCUUCAGACAGGUGAACUUUCUGAAACUUCUGAAGAAAAUCCCGAAAUUGGAAACAGCAAAAAUAAUCAUACCAGUGACUCAGAUUCAGAUGGGCCUAUACUUUAUACAGAUGAUGAUGAAGAUGAUGAUGAAGAUGCAAGCAGUGAAAGCUCUUUAGCGAGUAAAAUACAUCGUAGAGAUACUCUUGCAAUCAAACUCGGCAACAGGCCAUCCAAAAAAGAACUGGAAGAUAAAAACAUCUUACCGAGAACAUCUGAAGAGGAGAGACAGGAAAUCAGACAUCAGAUCGGCACAAAACUAGUGAGAAGGCUUAGUCAAAGGCCCACCUCUGAAGAACUAGAACAAAGAAACAUCCUAAAACAAAAGAAUGAAGAAGAAGAACAAGAAGCUAAAAGAGAACUGAAGCGCAGUCUAAGCCGAAAGCUUAGUUUGAGACCAACAGUGGCUGAACUUCAGGCACGAAGAAUCUUACGAUUUAACGAAUAUGUGGAAGCAACAGAUUCACCAGAUUAUGAUCGACGUGCUGAUAAACCCUGGGCAAGAUUAACACCUGCAGACAAGGCAGCAAUACGGAAAGAAUUAAAUGAAUUCAAAAGCACAGAAAUGGAAGUACACGAAGAAAGUAGACAGUUUACAAGGUUUCAUCGUCCUUAAGUGUUGAAAAUACUCUGUUGUUGAGCGCAAAUAUCUUUCCUGAGGAAAGUCCUCCAUCUUGAAGCCCAGAGUACAUCACAACUGAAAUGUCUGCAGCACCUUAAAACCUGAAGUUACUCUAUAUUGUGGAUCCUCAUAUUUUAACAAAAAGAGACCACUAGAAGAGAUACAGAAAAGAAUAUAAAAAUGGCCAUGUAAUAUGAAUGUUUAUUAUUUUCUUUGAAUAAAAAAAUCGUACUGUUUUUCCUUACUAACAGUUGACUGGGGUGAACUGAAAAUGACUAUUGACAAGAAGGAAGCACAGUCCACUUUCAAAUAGGAUGGGAACAGAUAUAGCUGAACUAUUUGUGGGCCAACUGAUAUACUUAGAAUAAAAUUUUUCUUCUUCAUGGAAAUAAGUUUAUACUAUAUUAAAAGACUGGAUUACUGCAGCAAGAUAAAAAACUAGGAAUGUGAACAGUUCUCUUUCUGUCUUCCAGAAUGUUUUUUUUUAAAUUGCCAACUCUACUUCUCAUAAAUAGUACAGUAAUUUGAUGUAAUAUCAGUGUAUUUGGCAGUAAUUGGUACAAUUCACAGUUAUGUUUAUGAUUGUAUGAUUAUGAAUUCCAAAUGUCCAUUGGGGGUUGCAGUUUUGAGUACAGCUAGAUUAUAUGAGUUGUACAAUAUUAAAACCGCUAAGUGUAUCUUUAUUAUUUAGGAUUGCAACACAAAUUAUUUUUUUUAAUCUGAUAAAUGUAAAAGAAGCACCAAGGAUUCUCUGUAGUCAUGAAUCAAUUGAAAAGUAUUUUUAGAAAACGAAAAAUGUGAGACAAUAAGAAUACUGUGAAAAGAACUGAUAAUCUUUAAUCUCGCUUAAUCAGACAAUAAUGAUAAUCAGAUUUUGAAGCCAAACUGAAAAUA